AUGUCACAACAGCCAGGCCAACAGGGAACUGGAAUCCACAUCCGUCCGCCCCUCCGCAUGCCCCAACCUCCGGGCACAGCAACCCUACGACCUCCACCACUAAGCUUCAUAGAAAGAACUUGGCGAGUCACUCACAGCACGCUGCCCAUGUGGAAAAAAGCAAAGAACGUACGCAUUUCGUAUAAAGCCCUGAGGGAAUCCGACGGUACGGUCAAGGGACUAGAUGAUACCGUGACAUCUGAAGACGUAGACGGCAAACCGGAGGGUCUGGGAUCGAAACUGUUUAGUCUGAAGACCAUCCGCGGGGUGGAUUAUCCUCAGGGCGAAGGCCUCGAGGGGGAUUCUCAGGUCGAAGAAGGCCAGCAAGGCGUCUAUCGGAAGUGGGCGUGGAAGGGCAAUGGCUGGCUCAAGAUCGCCGGGGGCUCGAAGUGGGAGGUCCUAGGCUGGGGCGUGUAUCUGGAUGGGAAUGGCGGGCGGGUUGCGUGGGUGGUGACGUGGUUCGAGGCGACGCUUUUUACGCCGGCGGGCGUGGAUUUUUACUCGGAUCGCAAGGAUGGCGUGGCGUUGGGGUUGUAUGAGAAGAUUGUGGGGAGUUUGAGGGGGUUGGGGAGGGAGAAGGGGUGUGCUGAGUUGGGGAAGUUGGCGGAGGCGAUUUUUCCGGUUAAGAUUGAUGCGUGA